AUGACCUCACAAUUGGUAAGAAAGCUUGGCAGCGCCUCUCGUUUUCCCUCCGAUCAUCCUUGGAUCACCAGAGCUGGGAGCUUCAAGAACAGUCAAGAACUGGAAGAAGAAGAACGAUUUGCGUUCCUCAUCAGAAAAUGUCCCAACAUGAGAGUGCUCCGGCAGCUUCACGCCCACAUUCUCACACGCCCACUUCCUCUUUCCACAUUUUCCUUUGCGCUUUCCAAAAUCACUGUCUUCUGUGCUCUUUCUCCGCUCGGCAACAUCGAUUAUGCCCGCUUAGUUUUCGCUCAAAUUUCUCGUCCCAGCAUUUUCUCUUGGAAUUCUCUGAUCAAGGGCUGUUCCAAGAUUCAAAACCCUUCCAAGGAACCGAUAGCUUUGUUCCAGAAGCUUACUGAAACAGGGUACCCUGUUCCGAACUCCUUCACUAUGGCUUUUGUUCUCAAGGCUUGUGCGAUUGUUACAGCGUUUGAAGAGGGCUUACAGGUUCAUUCCCGUGUUUUGAAAGAUGGGUUUGGUAGUAGUUCGUUUGUUCAAACUUCGUUGGUUAACUUUUAUGGGAAAUGUGAAGAGAUUGGUCUUGCCACUAAGGUGUUCGACGAAAUGCCUGACAGAAACUUGGUGGCCUGGACUGCGAUGAUUAGUGGGCAUGUGAGAGUUGGAGCAGUGGAUGAAGCUAUGGGGUUGUUUAGGGAGAUGCAGAAGGCCGGGGUUGAGCCGGAUGCGGUGACUCUAGUGAGUGUGGUUUCGGCUUGUGCUGCGGCGGGGGCCUUGGAUAUUGGCAGCUGGGUGCAUGCUUAUAUUGAGAAACAUUCUGUUUUGACCGAUCUCGAGCUUGGCACUGCACUUGUAGAUAUGUAUGCUAAAUGUGGAUGCAUUGAGAGGGCGAAGCAGGUCUUUGUUCAUAUGCCUGUGAGAGAUACAAGAGCUUGGAGCUCCAUGAUUAUGGGGUUUGCAUAUCAUGGACUUUCGGAGGAUGCCAUUGGCGUGUUUCGACAAAUGUUGGAAGCUGAGGUGAUGCCGGACCGUGUAACUUUCAUUGGCAUUUUAUCAGCAUGUGCUCACGGUGGAAUAGUCUCUGAAGGUCUAAGGUUUUGGUCACUCAUGCUUGAAUGUGGCAUUGAGCCAUCAGUUGAGCAUUAUGGUUGCAUAGUUGAUUUACUAUGCCGAACAGGUCUCGUUGAAGAAGCUUAUAGAAUCGUUACGACGACAAAUAUCCCGUCGAAUCCUGCAACUUGGCGGAGUUUGCUAAAGGGUUGUAAGAAGAAAAAGCUGUCGAAUCUAGGCGAGAUCGUCGCAAGGUAUCUUCUUCAACUAGAACCCUUAAAUGCAGAGAACUAUAUUGUGAUCUCAAAUUUAUAUUCUUCUGUUUCACAAUGGGAGAAGAUGAGUGAACUAAGAAAGGAGAUGAAGGAGAACGACGUAAAGCCAAUACCUGGUUGUAGCUCGAUCGAAGUCGAUGGCGUUGUACAUGAGUUUGAGAUGGGUGAUCAGUCCCAUCCAGAGGUGAAAAUAUUGAGGGAGUUUAUGGAAGAGAUGGCUAAGCGAGUGUGGGAUUCUGGGUAUAGACCUAGUGUUUCGGAUGUACUUCAUAAAGUCAUGUAUGAAGAGAAAGAAGGGGCUUUAGGUGAGCAUAGUGAGAGAUUUGCUAUUGCAUAUGGGCUACUAAAAACUAGAGCACCUGUUGUGAUUAGGGUAGUGAAGAAUCUGAGGGUAUGUGGAGAUUGCCAUGAAGUGAUUAAGAUAAUUAGUAAGAUUUAUGAAAGGGAAAUCAUUGUACGAGAUCGAGUUCGAUUCCAUAAGUUCGUCGAGGGUACUUGUUCUUGUAAGGAUUACUGGUGAAUAGUAUGCUUAUAUCUUUUCUCAUACAUUAUCUUUUUCCUUCCA